AUUUGCAGACUGUGAUGACUUAACACAAUACAAAGGCAACAGCAAGGAGCUGGAACCAGAGGCUGGUCUUUACUCAGCAGCAGCCAUCUUACAACAACUUCCUGCCCCCAGAUCACAUGGCUAGAAAUGUUAACUGUUUCCUAGCAUGCAUAAAGAACGGCAUAACAAUUGAAGUUGAGAUAUAACAUAAAGUAUACACAUCAUUACACAGACGAUUUAGUAUUUAUUGUUGAAGAACCAUUGGAGACAAUUCCUAAACUAUUACAGAGUUUUUGAGAUUUAGCAAGAUUGAAAAUAAAGUUACAGUCAAAAACCUUGUACAAAAACAAAAAGAACAAUUGGCAGAAAAAGUGGACUUGCAGAGUUAAGAAGGUUAACUGGAUGAUGCUGAGGCUGACACAGUUCUGCCAUUGGAGGCACGAGAUGGUAGGAGAGAUGCUUGCAGGCGAAAAAGUUACGCUGUUGGUGGCUUCACCCGCAUCUCCGGGGGCAGAUUUUCCCAGCAGCCGCCCUGGAAGGCCUCCGGGGCUGCCUAUGUAGGCCGCACCAUAAGGGCACCACAUCUUUUAUGGACACCGUUCUGGCUGGGCAAAAAGUAAGGAGUUUCGUGUGUGGGCAAAACUUUUACACGAACAAUGCAAACGCAACAUAGCGGAGAGAAGGGAACGUCCGAGGGCAAAGCAUCUAAUCGGAAGCCACACGGGGACUUCUGCGCAAGCGCCUUCCGGGCGAGAGGCGGAAGCGAGCGAGGCGCGGGGCGGGGGCGCAUCUUUUAGCCUCGUCUCCGGGCUGCGUGGGGGCCCGCAACCCGGAGGGCGGAUCCGGAGGGGCGCAGAGAGGCCGAGCCGAGAGCGGGGCCGCCUUCCGGCCAUGAAGCCCCCGCGGGUGCCGGACCCUCGGAAGCUGCUGGCCGGGCUAGCGGCCGUCCGCGGCGACGGAGGAGUCCCGGCGCUGGACGAGCAGCUGCAGGAGCUGGAGAAGAGGCUGCAGUGCCGCGCCCGGCAGAGCCGCGAGCGGCGGCUGCGGAAGCUGGUGGAGCCCGCGGAGCCCCCCGAGCGCGCCUUGACCCUCCGCGCGAUGGAGCAGAUACGGUUCCUCCGCCGCGCCUUUCCCGAGGAGUGGCCGGACGGCCGACUGGCGCAGGGCUUCGGCGUGACGGCCGAGGUCAUCCGCCGGGUGCUGAAGAGCCGCUUCCGCCCGUCGCCCGAGCGGGGCUUGAAGCAGGACGCCCGCGCCGGCGCCCGCCCGCGCCCCACGCAUGCCUACGGAGCCGUCCCGGGGGCGCUGAGCCUGCCGUCCGCCCCGGAGCUCCAUCCGGACAGUCGCAAGAGGCGGGGGCCGCUUCCUGGAGCUCCCCGCCGCGGAGCCUUCAGUAGCGAGGGAGCCCGCGGCUGAGCAGGGGAGGAAGGGGCGCGAGAGGCAACCGGGGAGGCCCCGAAGGGCCGGCCGCCUCUCGAAGCUGCACCUGGGCAGGAGGGGCGGCUGCUUCCCGCUCUUGUCCCGCCAAGCCACCACCUGAUCGGCCCAGGAUUGGGGAUUGUAUGGGGGAGGCCUAGAAGAGGACACCGUCUCCCCGCCUCUCUGGGUUCCUUGGGCCUUUUAAACAGGGGCGAUGGAUGGUCCUAGAGACAAAGGCUGCGUUUUUCUGGCCUGCUGAUUUCCCCCCAAAUGCAGCAUUAUGGCCAGUGACAGACAUAAGAGCCCCAUGGCUGGCUCUGCGCUCUCUUGGAGAGAAAGCGCCCAAAUAAACACUCUGAUCCACAA